AUGAUGGAGACCAACACAACAAACCUCUCUCUGAACUACAUGGAUUCUGGAUACGAAGACACUCAGGAAGAUCGAAAAUAUUGGUGCAUAACAGAAAAUUAUCCUAUAUUGAUAAUUUCAGGUGUUUUUCUUUUUGUUUCCCUGUGUGGACUUGUGGGGAAUAUGGUGGUCAUACGGUUCCUGGGCUUCCAGAUGAAGAAGAACCCCUUCACUGUCUAUGUUCUUAACCUGUCCAUUGCUGACUUUUCUCUGCUCCUGCUCAGCCUUGUUAUACUUACAUCACACUUUAUUUCAGCGGUCAAUUGUUUUUCCCCAUUUGGAUAUAACGUGAUCAAUUUUAUCCUGACGAUUCUGUCUGUGUUUUGCUAUCAUGCCAGCAUGUAUCUCCUGACAGCAAUGAGCAUGGAGAGGUGCGCCUCUGUUUUGUUCCCAAUCUGGUACCGGUGUCACCGCCCAAAACGCUUGUCAGGCAUCACGUGUGGGGUGCUCUGGGCUCUCGCCGGACUUGUUUCUUUGGCUUUCAUUCGUUGUCCUUUACGUUUUCCUAGACACUGUCUUAAAGUAUUUCAUGGUUUCAGCGCUGCGAAUUUUCUCAUUUUUGCUUUUUUCCCACUCCUUUCCAACCUUUCCCUGUUCAUCAGACUCCGAUGUGGCUCACAGAGACAACACCCAGGAAAACUCUAUGUUGCCAUCCUCCUGAGCAUGAUCUUCAUGUUCAUCUUUGGGCUUCCUCCCACACUGGGGUUUUUGCUUGAUGCUUUUGAUAUACCCCCAUAUAUAUUUUUCAUUUUUUACCUGCCGGCACCCCUGAACAGCAGCAUCAACCCAGUCAUUUACUUCCUGGUGGGGAGCUACCGGCAGCGCCGGUUCCAGGGCUCCGUGAAAGUCGCCCUCCGCCGAGUGUUCGAAGAGAAAGCGACGAGUGAGGAGGAGAGCCGUGUGCCUGAGGACGCUACGGUGGAGACCACUGUCUAA